CACUUGCAAUUCGUAUGUCAGCUGUGGCAAGAAACUUCAUGAACCCUCGACUAUGCCGUGAUAAUCCUCGAAUUGUUUUCGUUUUUAUCUCACGGUUUUCAACACCUGGUGUUUUCUCUAUGAGUUCAUAUUUUUAUUCUUCUUUCAGUAUGGUCUUAAACGCAAAAACAUGGAAUUUAUCUCUGUGUGGAAACUAACGUGGGGUUUAUAUCUCACCGCUGUUUUGCUUUCCAUCGUUCGGGAGUGCGGCAUAAAGGAUACUGCAGCAAGUCUUUGAAAGGAUAUUUGCCAUUAAAAGAGACUUUACCAUUGAGUUUCUUUUUCAGUCAGUAUUGGAGAACAGAAAACACAUUUUCACUACAGUUUUGGCAAGAUAAACAGUCCAUACAGUGCUGAAAAUGGAGACUGUCAUUGAAAGAGAAUGCAGUGCACUCGGAGGACUUUUUCAAACAGUGAUAGGCGACAUGAAGAGCAGUUACCCAGUGUGGGAUGACUUCAUCAGCAAGGCCGGGAAGCUACAAUCACAGCUCAGGACGACAGUUGUCGCGGUAGCCACCUUCCUGGACGCCUUUCAGAAAGUGGCUGAUCUGGCAACCGGCAGCAGAGGCGGCACCAGAGACAUCGGUUCAGCCCUCACCAGGAUGUGUAUGAGGCACCGGAGCAUCGAGGCCAAGCUCAGGCAGUUCUCCAUGGUUUUCAUCGACUGCUUGAUUAACCCUCUGCAAGACCAGAUGGAGGAGUGGAAGAGAGUGGCCAACACGCUGGACAAGGACCACGCCAAAGAGUACAAGAAAGCCCGUCAGGAGAUCAAAAAGAAAUCCUCCGACACUCUCAAGCUGCAGAAGAAGGCAAAGAAAGCUGACGUGUUCGGCCGGGGGGACAUCCAGCCCCAGCUGGACAAUGCCAUGCAGGACAUCAGUGAUAAGUACCUGCUUCUGGAGGAGACAGAGAAGCAGGCGGUCAGGAAGGCCCUGGUGGAGGAGCGGAGCCGCUUCUGCACCUUUGUCUCCAUGCUGAGGCCCGUCGUGGAAGAGGAGAUGUCCAUGUUGGGGGAGAUCACUCACCUGCAGACCCUCACUGACGACCUGAAGGCUCUGACCAUGGACCCCCACAAGCUGCCCCCCGCCAGCGAGCAGGUCAUUCUGGACCUGAAGGGAUCUGAGAGCAGCUGGUCCUACCAUACCCCUCCUUCCUCCCCCAGCACCAUAGCAUCCAGGAAGUCCAGCAUGUGCAGUAGUCUGAACAGCGUCAACAGCAGCGACUCUCGCUCCAGCGGCUCUCACUGCCACUCCCCCACCUCCCACUACCGCUACCGGAGCUCCGCCCUCCCUCAGCAAGGCCCCGCCCGCCUCUCCAGUGUCUCCUCCCAUGACUCUGGCUUCAUCUCCCAGGAUGCCUAUCAGUCCAAGUCUCCCUCGCCCAUGCCCUCUGACACCAACCCACAGACCUCUGGCUCUUCAUCCUCGGCCGCCUCUGAGACUUGCCAGCCUGUCAGUGAGGGCAGCUGUUCCUCCUCCUCGUCCUCCUCCUCACCUGCCUCCUCUAAGGAGACCUGCUCCAGCACUAGGGUGGAACAGCUGUCAAACGGGCACGAUCAUCAACAUCACGGGCCAUCCACCGCCCUCUAUCUGUCAGGCGGGGGCAUGCAGGAGGUCUACCCCGACCUCCCUCCAUCCUCCCCCUCCACCCUCGCCUCGCCCUCCUACUCUCCCACUUCCCCCGUGUGGGCAUGGUCGAGACCAGGUUCUGCCCUCCUGGUCGACUACCCCCCCUAUUGCGCCCUGGGUCCGGGCAUGAUCCCCUCCUCCAAGGUCCCCACCUGGAAGGACUGGGCCAAGCCAGGGCCCUAUGACCAGCCCAUGGUGAACACCCUGAGGAGGACCAAGGAGAAGAGGGAGACUCCAAAUCCCAGCAGCCCCCAGGCCACCACACCAGGGGACGAGCCCCAGAGAGCCAAGGGAACCAACGCAGUCACAACAGCCAAGGAGGAGGCGGAGGCCCAUGAGGAGCUGGCCCUGGCUCUGGCCCGCGGGUUGCAGCUAGAUAUCCAGCACUCCAGCAGGGACUCCCUGCAGUGCUCCAGUGGCUACAGCACCCAGAACACCACACCCUGCUGCUCUGAGGACACCAUACCCUCACAAGUGUCCGACUAUGACUACUUCUCCGUGGGUGGCGACCAGGAGACGGACCAACCCGACUUCAACAAGUUCUCCACCAUCCCCCGCAACAGUGACAUCAGCCAGUCCUACCGCCGCAUGUUCCAGGCCAAGCGGCCGGCCUCCACAGCGGGCAUCCCCCCCACAGCCCCCUCCCCCGGCAGUAUUGUCACCCCCGGGGUGGCCACCAUCCGCCGCACGCCCUCCUCCAAGCCCAACCUGCGGCGUUCUUCCGGGGGCCUGGGUCUGGGCCCCAUCCCCAUCAAGCCCCCCAUGAUCCCUGUCAAGACGCCCACUGUUCCCGAGCACCCCGGGUUGUUCUUCAGAGGAGAGGGCGAGGGAGGGGGACCGCUGAGCCCACUCUCUUCAGCGGGGGACAACAGCUUGGUGUCUCCCAAGGCACCCUGGGAUGCUCAGGCCUCCUCCGAUCCACCCACUCCCCCACCUCAGCCUGGUAGCAGGUUGUCAGAGUGGGACCGUGAGGCCCUGCCGGAGGUUCAGGAGGAGGAGCCUGGCUGCGGUGAGGGGGAAGAUGUGCUCUUGGCCAUACGGCGAGGGGUCAAGCUGAAGAAGACUAUGUCCAACGACCGGUCAGCGCCACGAAUAGUGUGAGAGUGCGAGGUCGGGCUUCCGCUCAAUGUAGCAGAUUGAAUCACCUACAUACAGUAACUCAGUGUCUUCACCCUAUAGGUUUAAGAAAAGGGUGGAAGUCUGGAUGCGUGAAAAUAUGCACAAAAGGAAGGGAGGAGGGAACGGACUGACAACUGCUUUGACUAUUUUCAAAUGACGAAAAAUAUCAAAUCUUUUAUUUGUAUGUACAUAUUUAUAUUUUGAUGCGUUUGUAUGUUUUGCGUUUGAUGCUCCUCUUAGUACAUUGUCAUGAAAGGUGCCAAAAGCCUUCGAGCUGAAUUAACUUAAAUUACUUUAUUUUACUGAAUAGGGUUAAUAAUUUCUGUGAAAACACAUAGAAGGUAUAGCAACAACAACAAACAUUCAUGGAGAUAGAAAUACAUACAAAGGUAAGAUUGUGUGCAGGAAAGUAGUACAUAAGAAAAUAACCACAAUGGAAAGCGGUAUUUUACUUUUCUGUAAUAGAGAAGAAUGAGAACAAAUACGUUUAAAUACAUCCCACUAUCAAUUGGAAGCUUCUUAGUCAACAAAGGACACAAGGACCUGCAAUCCUUAAUCUACUCAGUGGUUGUCAACGGGUGUGACAUUUGUCAAUAGUAAUAUGUUGCACAGGCUUCUACCUUGAAUGCAACUCAGGUGUCAGUGGAAGCACUCAUUGAUUGGUGGUUAUAGAAUAGAAGUCUUUAAUUUCAUGUUUUUCUCUAUAAUUAGAUUGAUCAUUUAUUUCAAUAUAAGUGAUGCUGUGCUAAAUGUCAUACAGAGGAUUCAUACGCAAAUGUAAAUGGAAAACGUAAAAAGUGCUCGUCCUGCUGUGAAAAUACUAGUACUCUGUGAAAGCUAUUCUAGUGGUGAUCACUGGUAACUACAACUCAUUCGAUCACAAUAAACUAAUCGUAUUAGUAAAUGUAAAAAAAUACAAAUAAAAUAAAAAGAGUUGGAAAGGUUACAAAGUCAAGUUUGUGUUAGCUUGUGUUCAGCACAGUCAGCUGAAUGAAGUCAGAAUUCACUUUUACGACUACCUAAAGUAUUUCACAAGAUGACAUGGCCUAAUAUGUAGACAUCCAAAACGUUCUUUUUCCCACUAUUUUUCACGAACGCCAUACUUUAGUUAGUGGUGUGUAAGCUGUAGCACAGGGGUAUUGUCAAACAUAAUUUCAAGACAACCCAUUAAACUAAAUAGAGUAAUGCAUGUUAUUUUACAUUUUUUACUCUUAAGUGUCAAAGCUCGUUUUUAUACUGAACCUACCUAUUUAUCCCAACACAUUUCCCCCAUUUAAGAGCAGUUGGACUUUCUGCAUAAAGACUGAAGCCUGAUUAUUAUUCCAUUCAAGACAGGGGAAACUAGUGUGGCCGAUGCAACAAUAUGCUCAUGACGCUGAAAAUCCUGUAUAGCUCCUGACUCAAUUAUUCUAUACAAUGGUCUGAUAGUCCAUGUAAUAUACUGUAGUUCCCCCGUUGAUGUAGCGAUACGUUGCUAAAUGGUUCAAAGUAAUACGUUUGUUUUUGGUCAUGGUAAAAGACUCACUCCUUGUAAAUACAAGGUUUUGUCCCAAUGGUCUGCAACAGUUUCCUUUCCUUCAUGGCCAGAUGCAAGAGGUCUUGGCCUACUUCUUACUUUUACCUGUCAUAUAUAUCAUGUAAACUGUUCAUCUUGAAGUUCAUUGACACGAGGGAAAAGAGGCAAUGAAAGGAGGGAGCGUUGGGAUGCAGAUUGGGAUAGAUUGACAUACACUUUAGUACUCUAGCCUUGCAAGUCUGUUGUUGACCUAGAAACAUGUUUGGACAGAGUUGACCUCUUUCUGUGCCACUGGCGUUCUAAGAUAAUUGUUCAGUUCCUGAAUUCUGUCUCCUAUUUUCUAUGUAACAGUUGUUUCAGCUAAAAAUAAAGAUGUAGCAGAAUGUAAGUCUGUUGAAA